ACAAACCCAAAAAGAAAAAGGAGAACUUGAAUUUCAUUGAACACUAGCUACUGCAAUUUGGAGAAAGGCAAAGAUUCUUCAUAUCAAUUUGCUCAACCUUGGAAAUAAGAUGAGGAGUUUUGUGAAAUUGAAUAAUGAGGCAAGAGAAAAUGUACGAUUUGUAUUUUGUUUCAAACGCAUUGUUGAUGAGCGUGAAGAAGAAAUGCUUGAGUUGGAAGUUUUGCGCGAGGUUUUGGGCGAACUUGCCCAAGAGGUAAUAAGCCGGGGUGAAGAUAUUCCAGUUUAUAUUGCUUUUUGGAAAGCGGUAGUUUAUAAGCUCAUUCAAGAGAACACCAAAACAAAAUUACAAACAUGUUUUUUUGGAUAUUAUCCUAAAUACAUAUGGCUGUAUAAAAGGGAAGAGCGAGAAAUGAUUCAAAGACUAAUCGAAAUCGGAAAUGAAUAUAUGCGAAUCAUUUAUCACCGUUCAGAUCCCCCAUGCUUUUUACUAAAUGGUUACAUUUUUUGUAAAAGCAUGGAGUCUGAAUACAAAAAACUGUGGAGUACAUUAAUAUUUCACAAUAACUUUAUAACUGUAUUACAAGGGAUAGGUGGCAUCGGAAAAACUGUGUUGGCCCGUACAGUAGGUGCACUUUUAAGGCAAUAUGGUCAAUUCACCCGUGUCGUUUAUACAUGUGUUUCGUUUACUCCUCGUAUAAAAAAAAUUCAAGAUGAUAUUGCUGGACCUUUAGACUUGAAGUUGAAGGACUAUAAUGAAUCAGACCGAUCCAAAAAAUUAUGGAGUAGAUUAACCAAUGGUGAAAAAAUUCUUCUGAUAAUGGAUGACGUGUGGGAUGAAGUCCCACUUGAUUUUGCAGCAAUAGGGAUUCCUGAUUCAGACAAUCACAAAGGUUGUAGACUUCUUGUAACCUCACGUAGUAAACAAAUAUUCGACAAAAUGGAGUGUGUUGAGAGAAUUGAACUGGGACUUUUAUCUGACGAAGAUGCCUGGAUUAUGUUCCAAUACUAUGCCGGUAUAAAUAGUAGUUCCUCAAACGAUGUGAUAUCUAAGGGACGUGUAAUUGCGAAGGAAUGUAAACAAUUACCACUCACAAUUUUUAUCAUCGCUAGCAAUUUAAAAGACAAAAAACUUCGAGUGCAUGAGUGGGAUACGACAAUAAAACCGUUGAUGAGGUAUGCAUUCAUUCCCAAGGUUGAUGAUGAUAUGACUAAAAUCGAUACACGUGUGAAGAUUAGCUAUGAUAAUAUGAAAGAUGAAAAAGCCAAGAGAUUGUUCCUCUUAUGUUCUGUAUUUGGAAAAGAUGAAGAAAUUUCUGUUGAAAUCCUAACCAGACUUUGCAUAGGAGCGGGACUAUUUGGGGAAGAUUAUUACACCUACGGAGAGGCUCGAAACCUAGUAGUUGCAGUAAAAAAUAAACUCCUAGAUUCUUCUUUGUUGUUGGAGAUCGACGAGAAACGUGUAAUGAUGCAAGAUUUGGUGUGUGACGUGGCUCAAUCGAUAAAAGACAGAGAGAUUCAAAAGUCUUUCGUUGAAAGGAAAGUAGAUAUUAAAUAUCCAUCAUGCGAAGGGAAGGACGUGGAUUUGUUAUCCAGUAAGUCUGAUGAUUCCAAACUUGAGAUUCUAUUUGUCAACGUCGACAGAGAUGAAGACCGCAAAUGUAUGGAAGUUCCAAAUUCUUUCUUUGAAAAUAUGGCCAAGCUUAGAGUUUUGUAUAUUUUAGCCGAAGAUGAUGAUACACCACUAUCAUUACCAUAUUCAAUUCAGUCAUUGACCAAUAUUCGAUCUAUAUUGGUUAAUAGUGUGGAUUUAGGUGACAUCUCUGUUUUAGGAAAACUGCAAAGUCUUGAAACUCUUGAUUUGGUUGAAUGCACAAUCAAUCAACUUCCAAAAGAAAUUGCAAAACUAGAGAAAUUGAAAUUGUUGAACUUGGAGUCUUGUGUAAUUAAAAUGGAUGACCCAUUUGAAGUUAUUAAAAGAUGCUCAUCACUUCAAGAGCUGUAUUUCAUAGAUAGUUUUAAUGGUGUUUGUGGAGAAAUAGCAUUACCCGAGUUGCGAAGAUAUCAUAUAUGUAAAGGGUGGGUUGAAAUGAAUAAUUGGAUAUCGAAGUGUGUGGUUUUUCCUACAAAUGGCGAUGCAUAUCGGUUUUCAAAAGAAACACUCAUCUACUGUAUGCAAACAGCAGAGGUUCUUCGACUAAACGGAAUUAAGGGGAAGUGGAGAAAUCUCGUGCCUGAGAUUGUUCCUACAAAUCUAGGUAUGAAUGAUCUUGUUAAGCUUUGUUUGAGUUGUGAUUCGAAACUACAGUUCCUCGUUGACGCUACUGGUUAUCAAAUGCCAAAUGUCUUUUCCAAGUUGGUUGUACUAAAACUAGAUAGGAUGGAAAAAUUGGAAGAUCUAUUCAAUGGUGCUCUUUCCAUUGAUUGUUUGAAGAAUUUAAAGAAGGUGUCAAUCAAGGACUGUAAACAUCUGCGAAGUUUGUUUAAAUGCAAGCUAAAUCUCUUUGGUCUAAAGGUCAUCGAACUGCAGAGUUGCCCGAGGUUAGUUUCCCUAUUUUCUCAACGCUUGACUUCUGGAAGCUUGGCGCUACUAGAGACAUUGAAAAUAGCUCAUUGCGAAAGUCUGAAAAACAUAAUAGUAGAUGAACGAAUAGAGGAGGAAUCAAGUAACAAAUGGUAUGGCUCGAUGUUUCCAAAACUAAAAGUCCUUGAUAUUGAAGGAUGUCCCCUAUUAGCCUCUAUAUUUCCUCUUCUCUUUUUUCAAGACCUUCCGGUACUACAAACUCUUCAAAUUAGAAGAUGUGAUGGGUUGAAAUACAUAUUUGGUAAAUACCAACAUGUGGAAUUCUGUUCACUAAAACAAUUGGAGCUCUGCCAUUUACCAAAUUUCAUUGCUAUGUUUCGCGAAUCUAAACUUCCCAUAUCUUCGUCUGCGAACGAGUCGUCUAAUCAGCCACAGGACAAUUCAGUGGCACUGGCAUCAGAAUCAAAUUCAUAUUUCCUUAAUAUAUGGGAGCGUGCUAAAUGUAUUCAAAUACAAUCAAAGAUCCUUUACAAUAUUAAAAAGAUUGAACUGUCUGAGUUCUCCGAGAUAAAAUCAGUAUUUAUCCUAUCUAUUGUUCCAAAACUUUUGUUGGAAAGUUUGACAAUUAGGAACUGUGAUGAAUUGGAGCACAUUAUAGACUUUGGAGAUUAUGACAGUGGCAGCAAUAAUUGGGGCAGUAUCUUCCCAAAAUUGAAAGAGCUCUACAUUGAAGGUUGCACGCAAUUGGAGUACAUAUUUGGACGCGACACUCUUGAUCAACAAAACCACAUUAAGAUUCUUCUUAAUCUUCCAAGAUUGGAAUUUCUCAGUCUUUGCAAUCUGCCAAGUUUAGUCGCAAUGUGUCCUAAAAAAUAUCAUACAACAUUUCCUUCUUCGGCGAAACUUGAACUAAUAGAAUGUCCUAAGGCUACUAUCAAAUCAAUUGGUAAUUUCAUAAUGUAUCCAUUGUCAGAAUCUCUUGACAAUACAAUCAUAAAGGAAUAUGAUGAUGACCAAAUAGCUAUACCUUCGCCUUCAAUUUCCACAAAAGAGUCACUUACCGGGGAGGUUGAAGGUUCACAGGAAACAAAUCAGAUUAAAAAUAUAGGCGCUCUAAAUGAUAAUGCUUUCAUGAAAGUAAGCUCAACUACUGAGCAACAGUUUCCUAAAGAUGAUGCUUCUAAAGGUUUUCCAAAUGGGACUGAAGUUCAAGCAACAUCUGAAUAUGAAAUCAACCUUGAGUCAGCCGAGUUUGAAAUCAACCUUGAGUCAGCCGAGUUUGAAAUCAUGGAGACAAAAACGAAACAGACAACAGAGGGAAGGGAAUCAAAUUAGCUAAUGCCAACACAAUAACAUCGCCAACUCAUUCGAACCAAAUAUUUCAACAUCAGUGUCAUUCUAUAAUUAUGAGCAUAAAUCAUCUUCACCUGUAUGUAACCAAGCUUUUAAACAUUUAAUUAUUCUUACUAGUUCCUAAUAAUCAAGGUGAAUACACUUGGGAUCAAUUUUUUCAUUUCUUAUGCUACCUAAUCAUCCUUUUGAUUUUGAAAUCUCUUAUUUUUCCUAUGUUGUUCAGUUUCUUUAAAUGAUGAUGCUUUCGUGAAAGUAAGUUCAAAUAUUGAGAAACAGAUUCCUAAGGAUGAUGAUAAAGUUAGAGUUUCCAAAUCUCGACCUUCUACUAGCAUCACAUCUCCUAUUGCAUCUUCGUUUUCUUCAACACUUUCUAAAGGGGACACUUCUCAAAUGGUAGAAGAUGCAUUACAAUUCUCUCCAGGUGCAUUACGAAAACUAUUUUGAUAAGGAAUGGUUGGAUGGUGUUGAAAUGCGCGCUAUUGAUUUCAAUUCUUUCAAGGUGCAGUUUCUUCAAAUGCAAGCAACAUUGAAGAAUCAAUUUGACAUCUGAUCAAAUAAGCUAUCCACAAUAAUUAAAUGCUAGCUAUAACAGUUAAGAAGUUGUUAGAGAUUAGAACCAAGAAGAUAUUGUGUAUUGUACACAACAUUAACUUUACUUGUACUAUAAGUAACAGUUGUAUCUACCUUUUAAAUUCAAUGAAGUUAGUUGAAAUUAC